CGGCGACAAGGCUAUUUGCAGAAGGUCCAGGAUGGACGCGCGAGUCAGUUUGGCGACGUCCAGAAGGGGCCUGACGAUGAUUGCAUCGAAAUCAGGCGAUUCCUUGAGAAGCUGUGCGAAGUUUGCAGCCUCAGCCAGUUGAGAAAGGAGGCGCGGGAAACGGGGGCCCUGAGCUUGAAGCCGCCGACUAAGGAGGACCUCAAAAAAUCAGCUGCCCUGGAAGAGGCCCUUGCAAAAAUGGAUGUAUUCGAGAGUCGGGAGGAGAUGCAUCAGCGGCGGGAGGCCCUAAGUAAACUGCAAGGAAUGUCAAACCGCUGGAUUUACACGAAGGCUGUGGAACAGAACCUGCCGGAGCACAUCGCACGCUCCACAACCGGCAAAAUAUUCACCUUUGGUUCAUACCAGUUGGGCCUGAAUUUUAGGGGUGCAGGCAUCGAUGCUCAGCUAGUUGCUCCUCGGUUUAUCACGAGGGAGCAAUUCUUCUCUGAUUUUCAGGCCCUUUUAGCGGAGGACGAUUCUGUAGAGGAUCCACACGCCGUCCCACACGCCUAUGUUCCCCUACUCAAACUGAAGUGCAUGGGUGUUGAGGUUGAUUUGCUGUUUGCACAAGUCGACAUGAUGUCGGUACGAAGCGAUUUUAACCUAUCCGACAACUGUGAACGCCUGCUGCGCAAUAUGGAUAAGCGAGACGUUCGCAGUGUUAAUGGUGUGCGUGUUACAGAGGAUAUAUUGAAUCUGGUAUACGGGAAGAAUGUUUUUAAAGCAGCUCUAAAGGUGAGGUGGAAAUGUUGUGAACUGAUGUUCCUUAGGUUAUCGGCUUAUGGGCGAAGCGGAGGAAUAUUUACUCGAAUGCCAUGGGCUUCCUUGGAGGCGUCAGUUGGGCAAUCUUGA